GCUCGGAUGUGCAUGAUGUCAACGCAUCAAGAUAUACUUUGCAGGAGUACAUCAAUGCCGUCAAGGAGAGGGACGUCUUCCCAUCCGUUUUAUGGACAGGAGAAUCCGGAUUUGGGCCAGACGCCUUGUUUUUUCUAGACAUGUCGGAGGGAGAUGGAGGUGGUCAAGGACAAGUCUCAGAGACUGACACUGCUUACUCUACCUCGCAGCUUAUUCCCGUUCUCGUGCAAGUUAAGACAAGUAAGACGCUUGACCAGGGUACUGUCAAUAAUGCUUUUUAUACCUUGGAUCUGAACAAGCUUUUCCAACACAAGAGUACACUGACCCCAACUGAAGUCGCUGGUGCUAACUCUCUUCGAGAGUUAGCUUGUAAUGGGUGUAUUAAACUCGUGGUUUCUACAGACUUCGUCAAUCUGGAGCAGCAGCUAUGUAACUUCUAUUUGAGGGAGGAAGCAUGCAGCAGUCAAGCUUCUAUUAAAAGAGGUGAAAAGAAGGAUCUCGGCACAAAAGCUUUGCUUGGUGUUAUUGGUAAAGAUAACAUUUUAGCUUUUGUUGAUUCAUGGCUGUUUGAAGCGAUGUUUGUUCCUAAAGAUGCAAUUUGAGUAAUUAUUACAAAAUACAUUAUAUGUAUUUUUUCCUUUC